AUGCUUGGUAAUAAGUGUUUCAGGGGAUUUCCCGUUUGCCAAAUACUCCGUAACCCUCCCAGAUGGAGAGUUGGUAAAGCCACGCCAGCAAAAAUGACAUAUGAACUCCGGAAGAAGGUGUGUGAAACGGACGAUCCAAGGUAUCGGACUAGAUUGAAUGAUUCAACUGAAGAAGCAAAGAACAUCAUGAAAAAGUCGGGAGAAUUCUCUAAAGAUGAUCAUAUUAUGGUUCCUGAGAAAGAUGAUCUAACACCGAUAACGGGUGUCCCAGAAGAACAUCAGUCUGAAAGGCGAGUUAGAAUUUUCAUACCAGCUAAACCAGCUACUCAGUCAGGGAAUCAUGGUACUCGGCUCUGGCGUAUUGAAUUUGACAAUCGCGAACGUUGGGAAAAUCCAUUAAUGGGUUGGGCUAGCUCUGGUGAUCCACUUUCAAAUACAGUCGUUGAGUUUGAAACUGCUGAAGCUGCAGAAGAAUUUUGUCGACGACAAGGAUGGCCGUGUUACAUAGAAAGACCGAAUAUUCUGAAGAUGAAUGUCAAGUCUUAUGGGUCCAAUUUUUCAUGGAACAAGCGUACACGAGUUGGAUCGAAAUAG